CAAAUUUCCUGCUGUAUAAUAUCAGAGCACUCAACAAACUAUCAAAGAAAAUGGCUCCUUCUGUUGUUUUGUUCUGUUUGGGCUUAUGCCUUCCAGUUGGUGUGUUUGGUGAAAUGAAGUCUGUGUCAGUGAUGGAGGGAGAUUCUGUCACUCUACACACUUAUAUGACUGAAAUUAGUGAUGAUGAACUGAUUCUGUGGACGUUUGCAACUGAAAACACUUCAUUAGUUGAAAUCAAUAUACUGGCCAACAGCAUCACUGUAUAUGAUGGUGUUGAUGAGAGAUUCAGAAACAGACUGAAGGUGAAUAAUCAGACUGCAGAUCUCACCAUCACAAACACCACAAUCACACACUCUGGACUUUAUCAACUAAAGACUAUCAGCAAUUCGAGCAAGAGCUUCAGUCUUACUGUCUAUGCUCGUCUGCCCAUUCCUGUGAUCACCAGUAACUCUUCUCAAUGUUCUUCAUCAUCUGAAAAUUCAUCUAAUUGUGUGUUGGUGUGUUCAGUGGUGAAUGUGACACAGGUGACUCUCUCCUGGUACAAAGGAAACAGUUUAUUCUCCUCCAUCAGUGUGUCUGAUCUCAACAGCAGUCUCUCUCUACCUCUGGAGGUGGAAUAUCAGGAGAACAACACCUACAGCUGUGUGAUCAACAAUCCCAUCAGAAACCAGACUAAACAUCUCAGCAUUACUGAAGUCUGUCAGACGUGUUCAGAGACCCUGGUUCGAAUCCCGCUUGGAGCAGUUCAGAACGCUGAAGAGAUAACAUAUGCUGAUCCAACACUCUACAAACGAAAUACACCGAAAAUGGAAGUUAAUGAGGAUGAUCAAGUGGUAUAUGCAGGAGUCGCUGUGAGAUGAUAAUCAAACUGUCUGAGAUUCAGUUUCCUCAUUAAUGAUGUUCUGAAGUCUGUAACUAUGACUCUGUUCAGCUGUUACAUUUUUUGUUGUUGUGCCAUUUAGAGUGAUUUUUGUAGUGUUUCAUGUGACCCUGAAUGUUAAUGUGUGGUUCAUUUAGACUAGAGCUCAAAAUGUCAAAAUGUAUUACCUCAAAAUUCGACUGGGAUUCUAACAGUAAUUCAGCUUUCAACAGUUCUGAUUUUACACAGAUGACAUACUGUAAAAAACUUCCCAAUGUUCAUACCUUUAAUUCCAAAAUUCCAAUCAAAAGCUAUUGUUACAUCUGUAGGCAUAGAUUGUUUGUUGUGUUGGUUUCUCUUUCUCGCUCUAUUUUUCUCUCUAGGUGCAUCUGUGUUUGAUUACACUGUGUAACAAUUUUUUAUUUGUUUUUUGGUUCCUGGGUAGUAAGUGUUAUUUCCUAAUCGCUAAUGCCUCAAAAGUAUAGAA